AUGGUGCAAGAAGAAAAAUAUACAGUGCAGUGUUGGCUGGAUUCGGGAAUAUAUGCCGGACUCUCCCAGAUUUUUGAACCGAAAAUGUUCGGAUGGUACCCAAUGGUUUGGACCGCUCGCCGACAAGCAUUGACCCAUCCCUUGCAUACGCAAAGUAUUACAACACGAAAGAAAAAUAAGGUUAGACAGAAGUCUGACCCUCAUUACGGCUAUGAACCUUAUUGGGAAGGAUAUGGAGAAGUCUGCGGUAGGGGAAAAAAUUACACCCACAAAACGUUUGAGAACUACUGCCAGUUGUUGAACCAUGACUGUAGCGGACGUGAAAAGUGGAUGAUUGCAUAUCGCGGGCCGUGCCAGAAUGGCACUUUAAAAACCUACCCAACGAAGCGUGCAGACUUCAUUGAUAGAGCAAAGAAGUAUCAAUCCGAAUUUUAUAAGAAGAAUCCCACUACGGUCAAAUUUGCAAUAAAAAAAACAUUACCACAUCGAUCGUUUACAACACGAUCGUAG